AUGGGAUCAAGAAUUCUUGUGUACUUGCUUCUUGUUUCCUCUCAAAUUCUGGCUAUACUGGCACGGACAGACGGUGAUGAUCUUGCUGCUCUAAAUGCAAUCAAAUCUAGCUGGAGUAACUUGCCCCCAAACUGGACAGGGUCAGAUCCUUGUGGCAGCAGUUGGGAUGGGAUUAAUUGCACUGAUACACGCGUGACCUCCAUAAUGUUGGCAGGCACAGGGGUGGAAGGUAGUGAGUUCAGUGACAUUUCAUCAUUGACCGAGUUGCAAUUUUUGGAUCUUUCUAACAACAUUGGACUUAAAGGGAGUCUUCCAGAAUCAAUUGGAAACUUGAAGAAACUGUCUACCUUGAUUUUGGUUGGCUGCAGCUUUUAUGGUCCCAUUCCAGAAGCAAUAGGCUCUCUGGAUCAGCUGACAUUUUUAUCUUUGAACAACAAUAGCUUCAAUGGCCCAAUUCCAUCUUCAAUUGGUAAUCUAACUCGGCUUUCAUGGCUGGAUCUAAGUUACAACAAGCUUAGUGGUACCAUUCCAGUUGCCAGCAAAACUGCGAAGGGUUUGGACACACUACUUAAUGCUAGACACUUUCAUUUGUCGAAUAAUCUACUUUCUGGGUCUAUCCCCGAUCAACUGUUCAGUUCAAACAUGAAGCUUAUACACACGAUAUUUGACCACAACCAACUCACCGGGAAUUUACCUUCCACUCUAGGAUCUGUAAAGACAUUGGAGAUUGUACGCUUUGACUGGAAUUUUCUUGAUGGACCCAUCUCUCCAAACCUGAGUAAUCUUACAAAUAUGAAUGAGUUGUACUUGUCUAAUAAUAAGUUUACAGGAAAUAUACCCAACCUCACAGGCAUGAAUUUCCUAUACUACGUGGAUGUGAGCAAUAAUAAUUUUAAUGCAUCAAAUGUUCCACAAUGGAUUACAAGCCUCCAGUCUUUGACAACAUUAAUGAUGGAGAACACACAACUCCAAGGUCUGAUCCCAGUUGAGCUCUUCAGACUUCCUCAAUUGGAGACUGUGGUGCUCAGCAACAAUAAUCUUAGUGGAGUCUUAAAUAUUGGCAAUAGCUACAGCAACAAUUUAACCCUUGAUUUGCGGAACAAUUCCAUUACCGACUUUAUGCAAAAGACUGAUUACAGCAUGGGGGAGCUAAUACUAGUUGGUAACCCCCUUUGCAAUGCGAAUGGAGCAACUUUGAAAUACUGUAUAGUUGAGAAUCACCAUAAUAACUCAUUCCCGUCAAACAAUUAUUUACAAAAUUUCACUUAUUACAAAACCCUUUAUGAGGCUCUGAUGUCUGUUUUUCACUCCAACGGGCUGCCUGUUGAUUCAGUUCUUCUUGCUAAUCCAACUGUUGACAUAUAUAACUACCUUCAGUUCCGUCUGCAAAUUUUUCCUUCUGGUCAAGAUUCUUUCAAUCGAACAUCGAUAUCGACAAUAGGUUUCCUACUCAACCGUCAGCAAUUUCGGCUUCAAUAUUAUGGGCCAUUCUUCUUCAUUGAUGAACCGUACUGUUGUUUUGCAGGAUCAAAAAAGUCAUCAAAUGCUGGCAUUAUCAUUGGAGUAGCAGUUGGCUGUUCUGUGCUUGUGCUAUUAGUUAUCUUUGCUGGAAUUUAUGCUUUUCUUCAGCGUAAAAGAGCAAAAAGAGCUUUCGAAAGGAGCAACCCGUUUUCAUCUUGGGACCCUAAAAAAGGAAGCGGCAGUGUUCCACAGCUUCAGGGAGCAAAAUGGUUUUCCUUUGAAGAUCUCAAGAAAUGCACGGACAAUUUUUCAGAAUCCAAGUGCAUUGGAUCUGGAGGCUACGGAAAGGUUUACAAAGGAGCUAUUUCUUCUGGACAAUUAGUUGCAAUCAAGCGUGCUCAACAGGGAUCAAUGCAGGGGUCCUCUGAGUUUAAAACAGAGAUUGAACUUUUGUCAAGGAUUCAUCAUAAGAAUGUCGUCAGCCUUGUGGGAUUCUGUUAUGAUCAAGCUGAACAAAUGCUGGUCUACGAAUAUAUAUCCAAUGGUACCCUUCGAGAUUGUCUUUCAGCCGCUAAGUUUACAGGGAAAAUCGGAUUCAAGUUGGAUUGGAGCAGAAGACUUACAAUAGCUCUUGAUGCAGCCAGAGGACUGUCAUAUUUGCAUGAGCUUGCCAAUCCUCCGAUUAUUCACAGGGAUAUUAAAUCAAACAACAUCUUGAUGGACGAUCAUUUCAAUGCAAAAGUUGCUGAUUUUGGUCUAUCGAAACUCAUGGGUGAUACGGGCAAGGGUUAUGUUACCACUCAAGUCAAAGGGACACUGGGCUACAUGGAUCCUGAAUACUACAUGACCCAACAGCUUACUGAAAAAAGCGAUGUAUAUAGCUUCGGAGUUGUACUGCUAGAGCUGAUAACUGCUAAAGCCCCUAUAAAUCAUGGGAAACACAUUGUAAGAGUUGUUCAGGAGGCAUUGGACGACCCAGAAGGUUCUGAAAAUCUCAAUAAAAUUCUUGAUCCAGCCAUGGGAUCAGGAUCACAUGUUGGUUUGAAAAAGUUUGUCGAUCUUGCAAUGAGCUGCGUCGGAGAAUCUGCUGUUGACCGGCCUACAAUGGGAGAGGUCGUGAGAGAGAUUGAGCACAUCCUGGAAUUGUCACCUGAAAACAAGAAAAUGGACCAAAAAAUUUCUGGAUCUAGCUAUGAGGAAGAAAACGACGAGAGUCCUCUCCAUUCUUAUGACACUGAGGUGUUUGAUGUCAGCUAUGGCUCUUUCCCGUUCCGCGUAGAGCAUCAGUAUGGGAAGUAA